AUGGAACCCGCCACAUCCACAAGUUGCAACACACACCGGAUAUCCAAGAAUCCGCCGCCGCCGCCGCCGGCAACCAAGCCCGAGUCCAAAUCCAAGUCGGUAACCUCCAACGACCGGGUGACAACCGACGUGCUUCUCGCUAUCAAGCCCGUCCACCUCGCCAACAUCAUCACCCGGCAGAAGAACCAUGAGUAUCGUAAAUACCGACUGCGUGACGAGGUAACGCGGCUGUGGCUGUACGAGACGCGCGACGGCGGCGAGGGCCGCUCGUCUAUCACGCAUAUCGCAGUCAUCCCAGCUUCCGUGCGUCGCACCCCUGGCACCGUGCCGACCGAGCCCUUCGGCAUCGGCAAUGACGACUUCAAUGCUGGGCGCAAACAGUCAAAAUACGGCUACCCUCUGCUUGAACUCUACGAGCUGAUACGCCCCGUCACAGUAGCGGAGCUAAAGAGCCGCUGGGGGAUGGGCGGGGCGCCCAUGGGAUGGCGCUACCUGACAGCAGAUCUGUGGCAGGACCGAUGGGGAGAUGACGACCAGGGCAGGGGUGACAAGGUGGUUCAGGUGUUUUGA